CCAAGCUAUUAAAACUGGCUAAAGCGCCCGCGUAUCUUGAUUUUGUGUCUAUUACAACCACAAAUGUAUUCAAAACGAUAUGAGUUGUAGAUUUUAUAGACAACGGCAAUCAUUCAGCUGGAUUUACCUGUAUGUAGCGCCAUAGGGUCAGUAAGAUUAUUUUGAGGCCUUUUUGCCUAGAUAUCCUUAUUUGAGGCCUCAAAGUAAAUAAUAGUAGUUAAAGGAAAUAAAAAAUAAUGUAUGUCAAAGUUUGAUGUUUUUGACAUUGAAAGGAUUACUGAUUGGAUUUUUAUAGAUGUUUGAUUUUUUAAAUACUGCGUGUAUUUUGGAAAAUUUUAUUGAUAUUCUCGAUUUCAUAUCCCUGGAAAGCCUUAGUCUAUAUGACAGACUUACGGACAAUUUAAUGCUUACCUUAAGAAUGCAUUUUAGGAAACCCAGAUGCAAGGAUAAAUUUUUGGUAUGACUUAAUUCUUUAUCUGAAUACUUUAUGCUUUAUAAAUUAUUCAUACCACCUAAUAAGCAUUGGCAAACGUAAAUUGAAUUUAAGAAUGGAAGAUGAUAACGCAGUUGGUGUUACUGAAACUCCAGAAACGGGUGCCGGUGAAGGUAUUGAAACUAAAGAACAUGACGGGGAAAUCAUAGAGAAAACUGAAGAAGAUCCCGUUGAAGGGGAUCAAGUUGAAGAAGAACUUAAAGAGGGAGAACAGGUUGAGGGGGAGUAUAUCGAGGGAGAACUAGAGGGUGAGCAUAUAGAGGGAGAACAUGUUGAUGUAGAAGAAUCUGAAAAAGUAAUUGGUGAGGGUGAAGAAGAUGUUGGGGAAGAGUUAGAAGGCGAGCAAGUUGAACAUGAAGAAAAAAAGGAACAGAAAGAAGAGGAGCAAGUUGAGGAGGAAGAAGAGUAUGUAGAACCACCACCGCCGGAUCCAGCAGCACCAUUUGAUUUGCGUGAUUCCACUGAGGCCAUGAAACCUAAAUUUGAAUUAAGACCAGAUCAAACAGCAGAAGUUGAGCAGCUCUGGGAAACUUACCAAAACUAUACUCCAGCGUAUACGGAUAUUGAUGAAUACAUAACCGAAAAAGAGUUAAUUUACAUGCUAAAAGCACUUCUUUUAAUGACUUAUACACCAGAGCAAUUGCAGGAGCUCAUAGUCUUUUGUGUCAGGCCUCCUCAUCCUCAAGGUCAUAUAAAUUAUGAACAGUUCUUGAAAAUGGUGACAAUACGACAACGAGAUUUCCCAAUUGAGGAAGAAUUGCGCUCAGCUCUAAAAGUACUAGAUCCAGAUAAUACAGGCUCAAUAGACAGGGAGUAUUUUAAAGACGUUUUAUCAAAUCGUGGACACAAAAUGACAUCAAAGAAUUUAGAUAAUUUAAUAAAAGAAGUAGACAUAGCUAAUGAUGGAACUAUAGGAGUAGAGGAUGUUAUAGGUACCAUGUGCAUAGAUUUAAAUAAAGAAGAUUUAAUGAUGCUCAGAGCAGCGGUUUUUCCUCCUGAACAACAAGCAGAAAAGACAGAAGAUUGAAUAAAUGAUUAUUUUUUGGCAGUCAUUAUUGUUACUUUAAUCAUACGUCUAUUUAAUUUUUUUACUUAUCUGUCCGACC